AUGGCGCGGCCAGUGGACUGGCUUGGCGCGUUUCUCGAACAUGAAAUUCGACAAGUUCUCGCGUGGAAGGAGGAAACCGCGCGCGUCAAACCGGACCCGGACUGCAGAUUCGAAGAUGACCAUAGCAAUUUCCGCAGUGUCGUAGACUCUUCAUUACUCCCCUCCGACGCUCGCGUGCAGAUUACGAAAAUCCUCCGAACAGACGGCGACGUGACGGCGUUUGUGACGGAUGGCUUCACCCGAGUGAAGGCGCGACUGCGUGGAAAUGUCGUGGCCGUUCUGGAAUCCGAACUAGGAGACCCCAUUGAUGCAGAAACGAGUGGAGAUGUCUUCGAGCUUCGAAAACUGACCGUCGAAAGCACUCCUUUUGGGCUUGCGGACAACUUUGUCCAACUUACUAUUGAAGAGAUUGAAUAUCUCUUUCAUCUGCGCAAGCCCCUUGGACAGGCUGGCCCGGUCGAAGAGCGGCCUGAGGUCGUUCGUCUGAUUGGAGAGAUCACCAAGCUUCGACAAAAGCAGUACGCCGCAUCGAGGGAACCCUCUCCGAACGUUCCUACACCUAGCCGUAAUCGAGGGGCGAUCUUUCAAGGUGACCAUGCUGAACAAUCACGAACAAACGGGGCCAUCCAGGUUCAGUCUCCUCGAAUAUCGUCACCUCCUGCCUCUUCGCCCACUCUUCGGUCAUCACCGAUCACCCAGCGACCGCUCGCCACGCAGGUGCCAGCCAAACGAAAACGUACGGCUCCAAAUCUGGCAAGCGAUGGCUACGAAGUCCAAACUGGGAUCAAUCUUUCGCGGCCGGUUCCGCCUACAAGGCGGGAAAGCUUUGGCAGCAGAGAUCGUGCGCAAGUCGCAGCAGCGCACGGCACAGACGGUUUGUUCUCGCUUCUCGGCAAACCAGAGGUUAAGGCCGAGCCAGCAGGUGAAGCAGUCGAAUCAGCAAUUGAUACGCAGCUUCCGCUGAGUGAAACUCGGUCUGCCCCCCGGCAAGAAGUGCCCGAAGAUCUAGUGCAUCAAUCGCCAGUCCAAACGGUGCCCGCAUCCACCGUCCGAGUAUUCGAGCCGCAACGAGCAUCAGCACCUGACAACCCCCUUCGGGUCGACUACACUCGACAUCAAAUCCCGCUCGAUCAGCAAAAGCUACUCGACAAACCAUCGGCCUGGCUCCCGUCAUUGCCUGGUCACCAGUUCCCUCGUCCGAAUGUGCCCGUCGAGCUUCUCCGCAAAUGGAACGAAUUGGCCGACUCUGCACUCAUGGCCGAGCGUGCCCCGUCUUCUACCACGAGCUCUGAACUACCCGAAGCUGUGACGGUUGAGCCUCCUAGGGAUGAACAUAUACUACUUUCAUCAGACCCUUCGGGUAGUGAAUCGUCGGAAGCGGAGGAGUUUGGGCCAUCACAGUGGAUCAAAGAACAUCACCUCUCUCCACCCACAAGCGCGGCUUCACCAUCUCCCUCAUUCGCGCAGCUGUUCAGCGCGUACAAGAAAGACUACAAGGACGACAAAAUCCGACUGUCAGAAUUCGCCGAAGAGUUAGAAGCGGUGCGCCGAGAGAGAUUUAACAACGGCAGCGGAAACUCCUCCUCACAUGCCACAUCAUCACCACUCGCUCCACCAGCGUUGUCAACAGAACCAGUUCCCGAUAGUCUCCCACGUCCACCACUACCGCCGCCACCGCCGCCACCGCCGCCUCCCGCUUUCGUGCCUCGACUGCCCGCUCCAUCGCCCGUUCCACAUCACGCAUUCGCUGCUUCGCCAAAAGUCUUCAACGAACAGCCAGUCAAAGUGAAGGAACCAGAGACUCACGUCUCAGCACCCAAACCACACGCCACCAACACCCCUCCCGCAAUCACCGUCUUCGCGGAAUUCGCUCGAGCCUACACCGACAUUCGACCCCGGGGCUCUUUUGCCGCGAAAGGCACAGAUCGGAGCAAGAUUGUGCCUGCGCCGAGGAUCAACGUGCUGGGAUGGAGUCUGUAA